AUGUCUGAUUACUUCAGCGUAAAACCUAUUCCAUCAGAUGGAGACAUUGGAGGAGGAGGAGGUUCCAGUGGAACUAAUACUCCUGGAAGUUCUCAACUUCCAACACCAUCAUACUCAUUAGCUGGUAGUACAAUGAAUACCGAUAACGCUUCUAUUCAUUCUAGUGGCUCUCAAUAUCUAAUGGAUAUGAUUCCAGAUUCUUUAACAUUAAAGGAUAAUGCUACUUAUUCGCAUAUUAAUACUAAAGAUUUUAUAUUACCAAAAUCUGAUGUUAGAUCCCCUUAUUAUAUAGCUGUACCAAUUCCAAACCCCUUAGCUACUGCAGCAUUAAACAAUACAAGUCUUUCCGAAAAUGUUCCAAAGGAUAAUACAGAUGAAGAAGGCUAUUUUGUAAGGGAAUUUCCAACUGAUAUUUUAAUUGAUAGAUUUUAUAAAUGGAAAAAAAUUCUAAAGAGCAUUAUUGCUUAUUUAAGAGAAGUUGCUUACGCUCAAGAACAAUUUGCCAGAGUAAAUCAUCAAAUCAAAGGAUCCAUUAAAUUUCCCUUCUUGACGGAUUUACAAGAUGGUUCAAAUAAAGUAGUUGAUCCAUUAUUUGCUACAAAAUUGACUAAAAAACAACAACCAUUGACUUUAGCUCAACAGAAAGAACAGAAAGAAUUAGAAUUACAGAAAUAUAUUGAUUCUGAGUUAGAAAAUCAAGGCAAUCCAUUACCAAAAAUUCCUCUCACCACGGUGAAUCAAGCUACAAAUACUGCAGCAUCAGGGUUUAUGCAAUUCGGUUCAGGUUCUAUUCAAGAUAUCCAAGUUAUCUUAAAGAAACACCAUUUAGCAUUAGCAACACAACAAUUUAAGGUCUCUAAAGAGAUCACAAGUGUAUUAAUCCCAAAAUUAGAAAGUUUAAGAAAGGAUUUAAGUUUUAAAAUUAAAGAAAUUAAAGAAUUACAUAGUGAUUUUAAGACAAAUAUCAAAUCUCAUAUUAAAUUAACAAGCCACUUAUUAAAUAAAUAUAUUGCAGCAAUCAAAUUUGUUAAUAAAGGUAACUUAGAUGGUACUUCCCAGAAUUCUAUCCAUUUACAUCCCAAACAUGAUCCAUUUUUAUUAAAACUUCAACUAGAUUUACAAUUGAAAAGACAACUAUCCGAAGAAAAUUAUCUUCAAGAAGCAUACAUUAAUUUACAAACUACAGGUUUAAAAUUGGAAAAAAUCAUAUAUGCAAAAAUUCAACAUUCUUUACAAAGAUACUCUUCAUUAAUUGAUGCUGAAGCUAGAUUAAUGAUUAAAAAUUUAUGUCAAGAAUUACAACAUGGUAUGUUAUCCAAACCACCUGCAUUGGAAUGGGAUCAUUUCGUCUCUCAUCAUCCAUUAUGUCUUAUGGAUUUAAAAUCGAAUGAUCCUUUACCAAGACCGAGAAAAUUAUCAGAUAUUGUAUAUCCUAACAUGAAGGCUUCAAUGUCAAAAUGUAUUAGAGCCGGAUAUUUUGAAAAAAAAUCUAAUUUUACAAAAGGAUUUAAGAAAGGAUAUUUUGUUUUGACUCCAAAUUAUCUACAUGAAUUUAAGAGUAGUGAUUUUUUCAAUAAUCCAGAAAUGUCAUCAACAAAUACAUCUGGUUACUCAACACCUUCCAUGUCAGUUUCUUCUUCUUCUGCACAUCUAUCAAAUCUUGGAGACUCUGUGACAAUGACAUCUUUACCACCAAAUAGUAAUUUACAAGCUGUUGCGAAUGGUAAAGCCAUCAAUUCUAAGAAAGUUAACUCGUUAACUCCAAUAUUAAGCAUUCCUUUAAAUGAAUGUACCUUAACAGAAUAUACAGAAUCUUCAUUCACCCUAAUGGGAAAGGCUACUUUUAUAGAAUUAGAGAAAAGGAAACCAGCUGGAAAUUUAGGAUAUGGUGCGAAUACACUCAAUCAAUUUCCUUCAAAUGGAUCUUUAUCUCCAAGCAAUAUGCAUACUAGUUCAUCAGCUGCAAGUCUAAAUCCGCUUGAAAAUGAGUCAGCUAAAUAUAUCACUAAAAAAUCUGCUUCAGCCUUAUCAAAAUUAUUGUUAAAACCUGUUAGAGGGAAACAGGCAAAGCAAAAGAGUGCAAAUAAGAAAGAAGUUAAAAGGCAACAAGAGGAAUACAAUAGGGUAAUUGAAAAGGAAUCAAAUCAUAUUGUUACAUGGGUCUUCAAAUCGGCUCAAGAAUAUCCAACAGAGGAAGAAAAGAAACAUUUCAAAAAAUGGAUCCUAGAUUUAAAGAACCUAUGUACGUUUAACACUACAAGAGAUAGAUUAAAAUUUAUUGAUGAAAAGAUAGGAAAAAUCCAAAAUCAACGCGUAAGAGGAAAACAUCACCAUACAUCAUCUGUAGUUGAUCCUAAUACUGCAGAUACAAUGGUUGUCUCUGAGGCUCCAUCGAUGUUUGGAUCUUCUGUCAUGUUAGACCCAUCCUUGAAUUCAACUUCUAAUUCGUUACCUGCUCCAAUGACAGAUAAUUUACACCCAAAAUCACCGAGGGGAACUAACAAACCUAAUUAUAUUCCAAUAGAGAAUACAGCUGCAAUGGAUUUGAAUGCCGAUUUUAGAUCUCGGAUUAAUACACCAAUGAUUGAUGAUAAUGGUAAUCUAAUUACUCUUGCCGAGAAAAAGCCAGCCUUUGUGAAAAAUGGAUCUGUAUCCUCAUUCGGAUUACAAACAUUAUCUAAACCUGUUCAAUCACCAACACCUUCCAAUGGAUCUGAUCAAUAUUAUAUGAAUUCAAUCGGUUCAGGUUCAGAUACGGUUCCUAAUGUUUCAAUAACUAGUAAUGGUGUAAAUAUUCGUAAUUCUUCACAACCACUUCAAGCUCCAAGUAACCGCCACCAAAGAAAUAUAUCCUUACCAUCCACAUUAGGUGUCUUAAGUCCAGGUCAAUCACCCAGUGACCUAAGCAUGGUAUCUGAUAACAGUCAAGGUGGAUAUUUUGCCAUUCCUGUCCGGAAAGAUGCUCAACCAGAUUUUUCAAACCAAACAGCAAACCAGGCACCUGUAUCACUUUAUAAUGAAGACCAAAUUAAACAAACUACGGGUCUAUCCUUAUCGAGGACAUCAAGUCGUGGUUUAAGAAAUUCAAGGAAACCAUCUGCAUCAAGUAUACAAACAGCAAACUUAAUAUCUGUUCCAAAAGUACAUGUGAAUAAUCAAGAAGUGAAAGCACAUCCUACUUUACCUCGUGGUCCUCCAAUCCUACAGAAACAAUUAAGUACAGGUAGUUUGCCCUCAAUGGUUAAUCAAGUGCCUAACAAUGAGUUGCAACCAAGUGGAACUGCAACACCACCAGCAACAACUAAUGGUGCUCCAUUAUAUCAAAAGGGCAAUGGAAGUGCUACAAACUUGGGAACAGCUACUCCAACAGGUACUAGAGUCCAUUCUUACAGAAAACAUAAGAAGAAUGUAUCAUUUGGGUCACUGAAUAGUUUAAUGUUUUCCAAGAAAAGUGGGGCCUAUGCCUACAGUAGUGGAAACCUAAUGAAUGGUGGUAUUCUAGAAGAUGAAGAUUCCGAGGAUGGAAAGAGUACCCAUGGCAGUAUCAAAUUGAACCAAUCAAUAUAUCAAUAA